AUGACUGCCCCGUCCGCGUCCGCGUCCGCUGAGGCUCCGCAUGGCGCUGCGCCUACUACACCAGCUUUGGCAAAUGGAAAAGCCAGUGCAGCACCUCCCAAGGUUACUGGCGAAAAUACUGUGGAGCUCGACAAGAUCGCUCCGCCUGAAGACAAGCUACCGCUCCACGAGGAUAUCAUGCAGCUUGCAAGACUGGGAGAGAUAGGCCCCAUCCAAACUCUCUGCGAGACUGGGAAGUUCAAUGCCAGAUACAAAGACCAGGAGGGCAUCACACCACUGCAUUGGGCUGCAAUCAACAACCACUAUGCGCUCUGUAAAUACCUCGUCGAGUCCGGCGCGGAGGUCAAUGCAAAAGGCGGCGAGUCGGUUGCUACUCCUACCAUGUGGGCUGCACAGCGAUGCCAUCUCUAUGUCGUCAACCUGCUGCUUGAGAAUGGCGCAGACCCUCUUCUCACAGAUGGGCAGGGUUACAACAUGCUUCAUCUAGCAACAUUCGACGGCAAUGUGUUCCUACUCCUCAUACUUCUCCACCAGAACAUUCCAAUCGAUGGACCAGAUCCCUCAGGGCAUUCAUGCUUGAUGUGGGCUGCAUAUAAAGGAUACCCUGCUUGUGUGGAUUUGUUCCUUCAAUGGGGUGCCAGCGUCAACGGUGCAGACGAAAAUGGUUUCACCGCGCUACAUUGGGCCCUUGUCAAAGGCAAUCCAGCCUGUAUUCAGAAGCUGAUCGAGCACGGUGCUGAUCGAUUUGUCGAGACCAAUGACGGCAAACCCCCUGCAACAGUCGCACAAGAGAUGAAUUCAAAAGGCGCGUGGCACCGGGCGCUCAAAGAAUCUGGCUUCAAUCCAGACGGCACCGCGAAACAGCUCCCCUUACCAUAUGCCUCUCUCCUCAGAUCUCGUGUCUUUCUAAACAGGUCCUUCUUCCUCUUCCCUUUUUUCCAGAUGUUCAUAAUCUUCUCUGUGCUCAGCGGGAUGCCCAUAUUCGCAGCUGUACCUAUCACUAUUUUCUUGGCGUACUCUCUACAGUGGGCUGCUCAGCAAGUGCUGCAGUGGGCGCCCAGCGACAUGCAGCAUUUACAACGGACGCCAUACUUAGCGGGUGUUUUUGCGGCUACCUUGUUUUGGGUUGGUGUACGUUGGUUCACGACCGUGUUGAUGGCUACAUAUUCAUCUCAUCCUGUUUUCAAUCUACUUUUCGUUUUCAGCUAUGGACUUUGUGCAUACUUCUAUACAUACAGCAUGAUCGAAGAUCCUGGCUACGUGCCGAAGCUUGGAAGUCGCGCCCAGCAAAAAGCAGUUAUUGACGAAUUAUUGAGCUUGUGGAAAUUCGAUGACCAGAACUUCUGUGUAUCCUGCAUGGUCAGGAGGCCCCUUAGGAGUAAGCACUGCAAAAGAUGUGGCCGUUGCGUGGCGAAACACGAUCACCAUUGCCCAUGGAUUCACAAUUGUGUUGGGGCAAACAACCAACGGCACUUCCUAGUGUACAUAAUUGCGCUGGAGGCCGGCAUGGUCUUCUUCAUUCGCCUUGCAAUAUACCAUAUUCAAGACUUUCCUCAACCCAAAAAGACGCAGUGCAACAUUCUCUCUGAAAGCAUUUGUCGAUACACAUUGCGUGAUACUUUCACUGUAGUUGUUACCAUCUGGACAUGUUUGCAAAUGUUGUGGGUCACCAUGCUAUUGGCCGUACAGAUGGUGCAAGUGGCAAGAGCACAGACCACCUACGAGAGUAUGCGGGGCCACAUGCAUCACGGCACACAAGCCUCUCAAGCCAUUACGUCUGCGUUGACUACUGGCAGUACAAGCCUGGAGGGUGCCCAAUUAUCUAAUGCGGGUAUAGGCCCCAAUCCUACAAUUCCUUCAGACCGGCAUCAGCACAAGGAGGGGUGCUUUUCACAGUGGAAGAAGCUCCUAGGCUUCGACACCUUUGUAGCCACUGCUAUUGGAGGCUCAGAAGCAGGCAGCGGGUCAAGGAGACGGGGUAACCCCUACUCGAGGGGGAUCCUCACGAAUUGCAAGGACUUCUGGUGCGAUCCAGCUCCGUACUUUGGAAAACGAGAGACCGGGGCCGCAAUGCUGGAUGGAGAAGCGGUCAACUACACUAGGAUGUAUGAAACGCCUUCAAGGAUGAAGUUGCGCAGGGCGCGGCGGGAUGAGGACGGUGGCACGUAUCAUAGUGUAGGCAGCGAAGAUGCCGUUUGA